AUCACGGAGGGUAACAUACUCACCAAACUCGACUUAUAUGACCUGACUGCAAUCCUCAAAGCCGGGCGUCUUCUUUAAUCAACGACGGAACUCCCGACUCUUCACGGCUUUUGUCAAUAUCAAUCAUCUUUACUCACUUUAAUCCACACCAACAAGCAAAAACCGCCGCCAUGGUCAAGACGUUCUCCUUCCAAGACAUCCAGGUCAACUCGCCCGGCUUCGGCGCCAUGGGCCUCAGCUUCGGCCUCGGGAGUAACCUCACCCUCGAGGAGGCCGAGCCCGUGCUCCUGAAGGCCAUCGAGCUCGGCUGCACCUUUUGGGACACCGCCGUCGUCUACCAGGCCGGCGUCAACGAGAAGCUCCUGGGCGACUUCAUCCGAAAACACAACGUCCGCGACAAAGUUUUCAUUGCCUCCAAGUGCGGCUUCGCCGUCUUUGAGCAAGGCAUGGCCGUCACCAACUCCGCCUCCCACAUCAAGAAGUACAUCGACGGCACCAUCGAAAGGCUCGGGUUCACCCCGGACCUCUACUACCUCCACCGCAUCGACCCCAACACGCCCCUCGAGGAGUCCAUCCCGGCCCUCGACGAGAUCCGCAAGGCCGGCAAGACAAAGUACAUCGGCCUCUCCGAAUGUUCAGCCGCCACUCUCCGCAAGGCAAACUCCAUCGCCAAAAUCGACGCCGUCCAGGCGGAAUACUCAGCCUUCGAAACGGUUCACGAGACCGACGGGCUGAUCGAGACGACCAGGGAGCUCGGCGUCGCCUAUGUCGCCUACAGCCCGCUCGGCCACGGCUGGCUCGUCGACGACUUCCCUUUCAAGAGCCCCGAUGACUUUGCCCCCGAUGAUUUCCGACGCGGAAGCCCAAAGUUCCAAGGCGAAAACUUUUACAAGAACAAGGCCAUCGUCGACGAGAUCAAGAAGCUCGCUGCCCGGAAGGGGUGCAGCCUGCCGCAGAUCGCCCUCGCCUGGGUCGCCGCCCAGGGCAUGAUCCCCAUCCCCGGCACGACCAAGGCCAAGCGACUCGAGGAGAACUGGGCGUCGAGGGACAUCGACCUGACCGAGGAGGAGAAGGGGGAGAUGCGGCGCAUCAUCGACGCGGCGAAGCCGCAUGGAAACAGAUACAACCCAACGCAGCAGGCCAUGGUGGGGCACUAGGCGGUAGCUGUUGGCUAUAAAAGAAUAAUAAACUGCUCUUUUUCCCAUCACAAGUUCAAGAACAGUCAAAUCACCCGAUAUGCCUUCCGGAUGAUGAUGGGCUAUAAAUCAAGUCGACCUUAAAA